AUGUCAGAAAGGUCUUCAUUACCUGUCAUCAUCGCAUAUCAGGCGAUGUUUCUUUUUACUGGAUUUUAUCAAACUAUUGCUGCACAGUAUUUAUACUAUCAAGGAGCUGCUAGCGGAAUAAGGUAUAACAUACUUUUUUAUGAGGAUAUUGAAAAUUCAAAGAAUUUCCAGCUUUAUAAUCACAUAAUAUUACACAAUGUUUAUUUGCAGUCUUCUCACAAAUACUGCACAGUACAUUGGAAGUGCCUCGGUUGGGCUGCUGCUAAUACCUACAUGGCAACUGAAGCACAGAAAGAAUAUCAAUUAUUACCAAGUGGUGAUUCUGAAGAUACUUUAGAAAAUACAAAUGACAAAUUUUCAAAUCAGAAAGAAGUCGUUAAUUACAAUUUUAUUAUUGCCGCAUCAUUGUUGGACGUUACGGCUAAUUUUGCAUUAACGAUAGGUUUUUUCUAUGUUGGAAGUGGGAUGUUUCAAGUAAUUUAUAGUUCAGUAGUCAUCUGGUGUGCUAUUCUUUCGUUAAUUUUUCUUGGACGAAAACUUUCAGCAGUACAAUCUCUAUGUAUUAUUGGUGUAUUCGUCGGACUUGCUCUUAGCGCACUGGGAAUUUCUCAAAACCAAGAUGAUCAACACACAAUACCACCACCUACAACUGCUACUGGUCCUACGAUACUUCACUCGUUUAAUAUGUCCUCUACAAUGUUUGGAAUGAUUUUGACGUCGUUUGCUACAUUUGGAUAUGCAUGUGUUUAUGUUGUAUCCGACCAAAUAUUUAUUGUUCGUGUCCCUAAUGAACUUCCGCCCCCUCCAGAAAAAGCAUGCUUCUUAGUAGGAAGCUGUUGUUCAUGUUUGACUAUGUUAUAUGUAAUCUUUUAUACGAUUCCUAACUGGAAUUCGCUAGUGACAGAAGAAAUUGCAAAGAAAGCCGGAUAUGCUGAUACUUUCACAAUCAUAAUCAUAUAUUUGAUACUAGUAUUUGCGUCAUUCGUUCAUAACCUUGCUUAUUAUCAGCUGAUUAAGCGAAUUGGCAAUGUCUCCACUGGAUUGUUAAAUUCUAUUAGAGCAAUUGUAGUAUUUGGACUUAGUCAUGUAAUGUUUUGUAAAAUGGAUGAUGGUCAAUGCUUUAAUGUUUGGAAAGGAUGGA